AUGGCAGAUUUGGAAAGAGAGAUCCUCCGAAGAGGAAGGGCCUAUCAGUGUCUACUCUGUGACCAAUACGAAGGGGAAAAGAGGCAUGUCAUUCCUCACAUCUAUAAAUAUCACAUCCCAUUGGACAGCGCACCCUUCUAUUGCAGCCUGUGCCACUUCAUCACCACUGAAAAGAAAAAACUGCAGGACCACAUCACACAUUAUUCAAAACAUCUGGAAGCAGCAAGUAACAUGGCCGACAAGGGGAGGAGCUACCUGCAUGAAAACAAAGACCCAAUUCACCUGGUGGAGGGAAGCCACUACAGCAAGAUGGGGAGAAAGGAGUCCCAUGACCUUUGGGCCAGUAGGUUGAGGAAGACAACCUCCACCUCCACUAUAGCAUCUGACUCAGAAGUCACCCUAGAUAGCCGCCCUACCCCAACUGCCACCACAGUUCAGCAAGAUAAGGAAGUCCUGGUAACACCAGAACCCUUGAUUGCGACAGAGCCAACAGAAGUGGCCAGCAUUCCAUUCGAUGACUUCCUUGGGAAUGAGCCCAACCUUGAUUUUUUGGAUCACAUUUUGGGAUACACCACUCCAGCACUGGACACACCCAUUACAUCGGGAAGAUGCAGAGAAGUUUCAGGAAAGAAAGAUGAUGAUGAGGAAGAUGAGGAAGGAAAGAAAGAUGCUAAGGAAAAGGAGGAAGGAAAGAAAGAUGAGGAAGAAAGAGAGGAAGCAAGGAGAGAGGAAAGCGAUGAGGAGGAAGAGAAAAGAGAGGUAGCAAAGAGAAAGAAUAGUAAGAAGAGGAAGAGAACAGAAUCAAGCAGUAGUAGUAGUAGUUCCAGCAGCUCGAGCAGUGACAGCGAAGUUGAAGAGAAAACACCCAAAGAACAGAAACAACAACAAACACCACUGAGAACGGCACUUGUUCCAAAACUGGAUACAAUGAACAAUCACUUACUUAUGAUUCACGAUGUAUUACAUCAUAUGAUGGGGGAGAUGAAGAAACAAACAGCUUAUCUGAGAGAAAUGAGAGAUGCCCAACGUACAAACUUAGGAGCGGCUAACACAACACCCUCCACAGUACCAGCACCUACACACACUAGAGAGGAGGCACAGUCGAGAAGAAGAUCAAGGUCACCAAGAAGGAGGAGAACGCCCCUCAGGAGGAGACAGACCUGGAGGAAGUAG